GGGCAGCAUAUGCAAAUGCUGUCAAAAACAUCCCAAUUGCUGGCAUAUUUCCGACACAUUUCGAUUGGUUUCAUUUUUCUGGGGCAGGGCUACAUUUUCUAAAAAGAAAAGUACAAAAUACAAAAAAAAAGGAUAACGAAAACAGGCCAUAAAAGUCAAAAUCAAUUGGAAUAGAUUCAUUCAAAUAGAAGGAGGAUGGAGUUGCUCAGCGUGAGUCCGCAGUUAUUGAAUUUUUAUGCCCCGUACGAUCGAAGACAGCGAAGGAUAUUAACUUUACUGAAUCCCACCAACAGUGUUGUCUUGUUUAAAGUCACAUCUAAUGCCUGGAAACACUAUCGUGUAAGUCCCAUUGCUGCCAAAAUAGAACCCUACGAUACCCAGGAAGUCUCCAUCAGUCUGAGUUACUUUGAUUUCGACGAGAAUAAAAAAUACGCACAUCGCUUCCGUAUCCAGUCCAUGUACGAUCCCCCAGAUCGAUGUAAAAGUGAGAAAGUGCUGGCCAUCUUCCUCAAAGCCUCACGGUGUGACAUUUCUACGUUGGCGUUGCCCGUGAACCUCGAAGCCAAGCCGAUAUCCUUGUCAAAUUCUUAUGUGAAGUCCACCCCCUGUUUGAAAAAGAUUGCAGUCGAACGAAAUGAAAAACUGAGGCCAUUAUGUUCCGAGUGUCCGACCCGAUUGAAAAUGUACAAAAAUACGAAAAACAGUGAGAAAAAAGGAUUUCUAUCCAAGUUGGUUCUGGUUGGCUCCUUGAUGGGAGUUUUCCUCACAGCUUACUUGCAACGCCAGAUGAUGCAGGAACUUUUGAUGAACAACUUGUUUCCAGAUCAAGGUGAGCCAGAAGAUGAUUUUGAGGAAUUUUAGAAAAAAUAAUGUAAUAGUUAAAAUAUAUUCGAUUUAUUUAUUUUCUAUGA